AUGGGCGCCUGGUACUUGAUCCUCGGUGCAAUCAUCGCCGCCGCCGCCGCCGUCGUCGUCCUAUUCCGCGGCAAGGGCGGCCGCCUGCCGCCUGGCCCGCCGGCCGUACCGUUGCUUGGCAGCGUCGUGUUGCUGACCAAGGCGCUGACCGACGUCGAGCCGGAGCUCCUCCUCCAGCGGCUGAUCGCUCGGUACGGCCCCAUCGUGUCCCUGCGGAUGGGGUCACGGGUCUCGGUCUUCGUCGCCGACCGCCGGCUCGCGCACGCGGCGCUCGUCGAGGGCGGCGCCGCGCUGGCCGACCGCCCCAGCGUGCCGGCGAGCCGGCUCCUCGGCGAGACCGACAACAUCAUCACGCGCGCCGGCUACGGUCCCGUGUGGCGCCUCCUCCGCCGCAACCUCGUCUCCGAGACGCUCCACCCGUCGCGCUCCGGCGUGUUCGCGCCGGCGCGCUUCUGGGUGCGCCGCGUCAUCGUCGACAGGCUGCGCGCGUCCGGCGAGGCUCCGCACGACGUCGUGGACACGCUCCAGUACGCCAUGUUCUGCCUCCUCGUGAACAUGUGCUUCGGCGAGCGCCUCGACGAGGGCACGGUCCGCGCCAUCGAGGACGCGCAGCGCGACUUGCUCAUCUACAUCACGAGCCAGAUGGCCGUCUUCGCCUUCUUCCCGGCGAUCACCAAGCACCUCUUCCGUGGCCGCCUUGAGAAGAUUUAUGGCCUCCGGCGGCGGCAGAGGGAGCUCUUCCAGCCAUUGAUUAAUGCGCGCCGGGAGUACAAGAAACGCGGCGGCGGCGAGCUGAACAAAGAAACCACGCUGGAGCACUCGUACGUCGACACCCUGCUCGACAUCAAGCUCCCCGACGACGGCAACCGCGCGCUCACCGACGACGAGAUCAUCAAGCUCUGCUCCGAGUUCCUCAACGCCGGCACGGACACGACGUCCACCGCGCUGCAGUGGAUCAUGGCCGAGCUGGUGAAGAACCCAUCCAUCCAGUCAAAGCUACACGACGAGAUCAAGUCCAUGACCAGCGACGACCAGCCCGAGGUCUCCGAGGAGGACGUCCACGGCAUGCCAUACCUCAGGGCCGUGGUCCUGGAGGGUCUCCGGAAGCACCCGCCGGGGCACUUCGUGCUGCCGCACAGGGCGGCGGAGGACAUGGAGGUCGGCGGCUACCUCAUCCCCAGGGGCGCGACGGUGAACUUCAUGGUGGCCGAGAUGGGCAGGGACGCGCAGGAGUGGGAGAAGCCGCUGGAGUUCAUCCCGGAGCGGUUCCUCCCCGGCGGCGACGGCGAGGGAGUGGACGUGACGGGCAGCAAGGGGAUCCGCAUGAUGCCGUUCGGCGUCGGGCGUAGGAUCUGCGCCGGGCUCACCUUCGCCAUGCAUCACCUCCAGUACUUCGUGGCCAACAUGGUGAGGGAGUUCGAGUGGAAGGAGGUGGCCGGUGACGAGGUGGACUUCGCCGAGAAGAGGGAGUUCACCGUCGUCAUGGCGAAGCCGCUCCGCGCCCGCCUCGUGCCCAGGAGGACCUAGUAUGUUAAAAAAAAAAAACGUACUCUCUUGUCAGUUCGUGCAUUAGCACGUAGUGUAUUUGCACCGACCCGAGACGUGCUUUGUUCACGUCGGGUCUUACCGUGUGCGUCGUGUGCAUGCGUAUAUAUAUAUGUGGCUCAGCCAGAUUACCGGGUCGUGGCAAUUGGCAUCGUGUAGUAGUCGGCCACGUUCGCGUGUAAUAGAGAAAAAAUAACUUUGCUUGGCAGGAAAUUAAAUAAAUUCAGAGAAAAAUGAAGGCAGAAAAAAAAA